CCCCUUCCCCUAAGCUCCUGCUAAGCAAGCAAGACCAAACAGCAGCCAUGGCCGCCGCCCUCUGCCGGAGCCCCUCCUCGCUCUGCCGCCGCCACCUUCUCAUCCGCCUCCCCUCCACCCACACCCACACCCAGGUCCAGGCGCCCCCACCCACGCCCGCCGACCUCUCCCGCCUUAAGUCCUCCAUCCGCGACGCCGCCACCACCCCGGACGCCCUCGCCGCUCUCUUCCUCUCCGCCCUCCCCCACCCCGCCUUCCUCGCCGACCGCCCCCUCUUCGCGCUCUCCGUCCGCCGCCUCGCAGCCGCGGGCCGCCGCGACCUCGUCGCCUCCAUCCUCUCCUCCUCCCUCACCGCCCUCCCCAGCCCCCACCCCUCCGAGGGCUUCCUCAUCCGCCUCAUCUCCCUCUACUCCGCCGCCGCCAUGCCCGACCACUCCCUCACCGCCUUCCGCCUCGUCAAGCCCCCCUCCGACCGCGCCCUCUCCGCCCUCCUCUCCGCCUACCACGACAACCGCCUCUACGACCGCGUCGUCCAGGCCUUCAACACCCUCCCCGCCGAGCUCCACAUCAAGCCGGGCCUCGUCUCCCACAACGUCCUCCUCAAGGCCCUCGUGGCCAGCGGUGACCUCGCCGCCGCCCGCGCGCUGUUCGACGAAAUGCCCCACAGGGCUGGCAUCCAGCCGGACAUCGUCUCCUGCAACGAGAUCCUCAAGGGCUACCUCAACACCGGCGACGAUGCUGCCUUCAACCACCUGCUUAAGGAGAUCGCCGGUCCUGAGCGGCACCUCAAGCCCAACGUCGGGACCUACAACCUCCGGAUGACCCUGCUGUGCGCGAGAGGGAGGAGCUUUCAAGCCCAGGAGCUGCUGGACGCUAUGGGGGCAAGGGGCGUCCCGCCCAACCGCGCAUGCUUCAACACCGUCAUCAAGGGGCUCUGCAACCAGGGGGAGGUGGGCGCUGCCAUGGCGCUCUUCAGAAAGAUGCCAGAGGUGCCCAGGCAGAAUGGCACAGGGGUCUCCCCCAACUUUGAGACCUACAUCAUGCUGCUUGAGGCCCUCGUCAACAAGGGUGUGUUUGAUCCUGCAAUGGAGGUCUGCAGGGAGUGCCUGCGCAACAAGUGGGCGCCACCAUUCCAAGCUGUCAAAGGUUUGGUUCAGGGCUUGCUCAGGAGCAGGAAGGCCAAACAGGCUAAGGAGCUUCUCGUGGCCAUGAGGAAGGUUGUCAAGGGUGACGCCAAAGAGGAGUGGAUCAAGGUUGAGGCUCAGCUCUCAUUGCUGCUUGCUGACAAGAAAGCCGCCUAAACAUUUGUUUUUUGUUUGUUUUAGAUGAGAUUCGCAUUUUGAAUUUGUCGUGGCUCUAGGAGGAGGGCCACAGCCGGGUGGCGUAGUGCACCCGCCUAAUCCCAGAGGGUGGUAACUCGGGGAAGUGCAAGCGAUUGGUCAGAUCUAUUUGUGAACCAAGCACACAAGAACACUCAAGGAUUUAGAGUGGUUCGGGCCGCCGGAGCGUAAUACCCUACGCCCACUGAGAGUGGUAUUGCUCUUGUA